CCCCACCCCCACCUCACUCCCCCUACCCGGACCUCUUUUCUAUUAACUGAGUGUUCACUUGGGUGAUUACCCCGAGAAAAACACAAGCACCAAAGGUGCAAAACUCUGCAUUUCCGCUAUCCACAAAGAGAAAGAGAGAGAGAAGAAACGAAGAAGGAAAGCCAAUGGGAGAGGAAGAGAAGAAACCGGAGGAGGCCAAGCCGGCGCCGGCACCGGAGGAGAAGAAGGACGAACCCCCGAAGGCUCCAGAUGACAAGAAACCCGACGCCGCGGAGCAGCCGCCCCCGCCUCAGGAGAUCAUCCUCAAAGUCUACAUGCAUUGCGAGGGCUGCGCUCGGAAAGUCCGCCGCUGUCUCAAAGGAUUUGAUGGUGUGGAGGAUGUGACGACGGAUUGCAAGACGAGUAAAGUGGUGGUGAAAGGAGAGAAAGCAGAUCCGCUCAAGGUUUUGGAGAGGGUUCAGCGGAAGAGCCACCGCCAAGUCGAGCUCAUAUCGCCGAUUCCGCCGCCGCCUGCGCCGGAGGAGGCUAAGAAGGCUGAGGAGAAAGAGCCGCCCAAACUUGAAGAGAAGAAAGAGGAGCCACCUGUGAUUACAGUGGUGUUGGGAGUCUACAUGCAUUGUGAAGCUUGCGCUCAAGAGCUCAAAAAGCGCAUCCAAAGAAUGAAAGGAGUGGAGAGUGUCGAGCCGGAGCUGAAGAGCUCACAAGUGACGGUGAGAGGAGCGUUGGAUGCGGAGAAGCUAGUCGAUUACGUGCACAAGAGAACCGGCAAGCACGCCACCGUCGUGAAAGUGGAGGCGCCGCCGAAGAAGGAGGAGCCGGAGAAGAAGAAGGAGGAGAAGGAGGAGAAGAAGGCGGAGGAAGCCGCCGCGGCCAAGAAGGACGAAGCCAAGAAGGACGAAGACAAGAAGGAAGAAGGCGAAGCGCCGGCAAAGGCUGCGGCUGCGGCUGCGGCGGAGGCGGAGGCGGCGGAGGAGACGAAGGUGGAGUUGAAGAAGAACGAGAUGCAGCACAACUACUUCUACCCAAACUACUACCAGCAUCAGCAGCAGCAGCAGCAGGUGUACCCGCAGAGAUUCGUGCAGGAAUACCAGCAUGAAUAUCCAUCGCCGCAGAUGUUCAGCGACGAGAAUCCGAAUGCAUGUAGUGUGAUGUGAUGGUGAAAGGGAGGGGCAAAAUGGGGAAUUCAUGUGAGCCACAUGGGUAACUGUCCCAUGAGGCAUGAGGUUUCUCAAUCUUGUUGUGCUCUACAUGUGGCCCUGUCUGGCCCCUCACACUAUAAAAUCUACAGACCCCAACCUCUGUAGAAUUCUCUUUUUCUUACCUUUGUUUAAUCUUUGUUACAUACCAUCAAAUAAUCAAAUAAUCAAAUACUA